AGUGUAGACGCGGCCGGAGGAGUCCCCGCAGUGUGAAGCACAGUUUCCAGCAGAUUACCGUAAUUUUGAGCGAAGGACAACACGAGAGGAAAACUAGUGAGAUAAACGGUUUUUUUUGUACUGAUGCUGGGACGUUGUUAAGCGGUUAGUACAUUUACAGUGUGCUUCAGGAUUUCUCUCCGGCUGACCAAUGCUUCUGCAUCAGUUCAUGAACGGAGCCCUGGAAGUCAUGCAUCCCCCAUCGCUUCAGAAAGACACUACUUUUACCAAGAUCUUUGUCGGCGGGCUGCCGUACCACACAAACGAUGCCUCACUGAGAAAAUACUUCGAGGCCUAUGGGGACAUUGACGAGGCUGUGGUGAUAACGGACAGACAGACCGGUAAAUCCAGAGGAUAUGGCUUUGUGACAAUGACUGACAGAGGAGCAGCAGAGAGAGCCUGCAAGGAUCCCAACCCUAUAAUUGAUGGCAGGAAAGCCAAUGUCAACCUGGCCUACCUGGGUGCCAAACCCCGCAGCAUACAGACCGGCAUAUCCAUCGGAGUGCAGCCCAUUCACCCAGCACUCAUCCAGAGGCAGUAUGGGAUGGCGCAGCCGUACGUCUACCCACAAGCCUUUGUGCAGCCCAGCUUGGUGCUGCCCACUCAGGUAUCCUCCUCUGUCAGCACCAGCCCAUACCUGGACUACAGCGCAGCCUACACCCAGUACGCCCAGGCAGCCUUUGAGCAGCAGUACCCGUAUGCCACCUCCCCAGCUGGCUUCUUGGGCUACAGUUACACCACCAGCCCCCCAGCCACUGCUGGUCCGGCCGCCGCCGCCACAGCUCCGGCCACCGUACACCCCACCCUCCCCUCCGCCGCUGGCCCAGCCCCGGCCUUCCUGCACUAUGCCCCACAGCAGCACAUCCAGCCGGACCGUAUGCAGUGAGCUGAUGAAGGAAGCGGACAAGAGGGAGCAGUGGAGGAGGAGUGAGUAGUGGUCACGGACCAUAGGACAGAGGAUGGCAAAAAACGCCCUACAGGGUAACCCGCCUAUCGUCAGCAGGGGCUUCCAGGAAAAAGAGUGGGACUAUUGCACUAUACGAUCAGGAUGAGCAGUUUGCUCAUUGGUUAAAGGGUAAAAGGCAGUGGGAGGGUUGGAGGACUGUUGAGGUUCAGGGAAGCUAAACAGCAUAAAGUAUGUGGUCUCUUCCAAGAGCUUCCAGAAGCUGACACUUCAUUUUUUAUUAUAAUUAUUAUUUUUAUUGUCCUUUAUUAUUGUAUUAAUGUCAUUGUCAGUGUUUGUUUGUAUGCCAUUAUUAUCAUUGUUAUCAUGUUGUUAGCUCAAUCAAUGGAAGUUGUGUGUGUCCAUGGUACAUAUUGAUGAUUAGAGAGCUGCCUGGGACAUGUAACACCUCUUUCCUCCCAACUCCAGAGUAUCUGGUGUGGAUUUAGGGUAAGGGCACUGCUGCUUUAGGACACUGGGGGACAGUCAGAAAUGUGGGGUGCAGGGUGAGACAGGGUGGUGAUUUUGCGAGGCAUACAGCCAGCCUGUCCGCCUAUCUGUGUUCCCAUCCUGGUGCCAUCAGCAGUGAGGUAGAGCACUGACCCAUGAACAAACCUCAAGCGUUCAGCUCCACACAGGAGGACGACGAGAGAUUUCACCUCAAGGACAAACAGAAAGUUUCAGUAUAUAAGACAGUGAGACAGCUCCAUUGUUUGUUUUUGAGGCUGUGAUGUCAGGACUACACUUAUUAUUAUUAUUAUUAUUAUUAUUAUUAUUAUAUUUUUUUUUUUUAUCAGUUUCAUUUAAGAGGCCUUAAUUUAAAAAAAAAAAAAAAAAAAAAAUCCUUUUUUUGAAUUUCCUGACUUUUCAAGCACCCCCACCACAGAACCAAGUGCAGAGAGCCCUUUGUAACUGGCCUUUCAGCAGUCAGUCACAUUAAUCUGGCUUGCUUAGGUCUUGAUGAUUUCAAAUGGAUGUAGAUAAUCACAUGCAGUAUGUGGGUGAUGGGGACCAGGAGCGCUGUGUAUCAUUGUUGAAAGGUAGCCGACACUGAGCUCGUGUGUGUAUGUGUGUGUGUGUGUGUGUGUGUGUGGUUGGGUUUUAUUUUAAUUUUUUUUUUUUUUUCCCCGUAAACUUUUCUUAAUGAGAUUGUCACAAACUGUUGCUCUCAAAAGGACAUUCAUGUACAGCAUUUUAAAAUGUUAUCAGUCGUCAAGUACAUUUACAAUAUUUAUAUGUAGGUAUUUAUAUCAGGUACUAAGUUAAAAUAGCUUUUUUGUUUUUUUUUGGUUGUUACUAUGACUAUAGUUGUGGCACUGAUGUCAUUUAACCUGCAGAUCCACAGGUGUUGUAUUCAUUUUGUUUUUGUCACCAUGUCAGUGGAUUUGGCCGGGUGCACGGCAACCACAGUAGAUGCUUGUUUUGUAGGUCCUUGACUGGUUGCAUCAGAAAUUAUCUAGGUUUUUUUUUUUUUUUUUUUUUUUUUUUCAAUAAAAUGUCUUUUACAGUCCCUUCAAAGAAGCCAUACCAAAAAAAUUUAAAUAAAGACUUUGUACUCAAA